GAACAAAACGGAUUUGACAACAAACAAACAACGGCCAACAACAGAAACAAAAAUUGCAAAUCAUUUACAAGAAGAAAUUUAUUAGUGUUUUCAGUGAGAUUUUUAUAAAGAAUUGUUAAAAAAUGUCGGAUUUAACUGAAGUUGAAACUUUGUAUAAAGAACUAAAUACAGAAUGGAAUAAAAAACCGCAAAAUAUUAAGAAAUGUGGCCAAUUGCUGGAUCAAUUAAAGGUGGCCCUUACCAAAUUGGCCUUUUUGCCUACAAAAGAUGUGAAAUCUUCGAAAAAUGAAAUGAUUUUAUCGCGUAGUGUCUUGGAAAUUGCCGUAGAAUACAGUGUAGUCACCAAAGACAUACCAGCCUUUGAAAGAUACAUGUCACAAUUGAAAUGUUACUACUAUGAUUACAAACAACAAAUCGGUGAAUCUGAAAAUAUGUAUAAGCUUUUGGGCUUAAAUCUGUUGUAUUUGCUGUCGGUAAAUCGUGUUUCGGAAUUUCAUACUGAAUUGGAAUUGUUACAGGCCGAAAUUAUUCAUUCAAACAAAUAUAUAUGCCCUAUAUUAGCAUUGGAACAGUACAUAAUGGAGGGACGUUACAAUAAAAUUUUCCAAGCCAAGAGCUGUGCCCCUUCCGAAAUCUAUUGCUAUUUUAUGGAUAUUUUGUUGUGCACUGUGCGUGAUGAAAUCGCUGGUUGCAUUGAAAAAGCCUAUGAAAAAAUUUCCAUAGAAGAGGCUAGCAAACGUCUCAAUCUCAAAUCGAUUGAAGAUGUUAAAGCCUUCGGCAAGAAACGUAACUGGCUUUUAGGAGCUGAUAAUGUAUACAGUUUUGUUGAUAAAUCGAUAAAACCAAAAGAAAUACUACCAUCUGUGGAAUUGGCUGAACAGGCCAUAUUCUAUGCUCGCGAACUGGAAAUGAUUGUUUAAAUCAGCAUAUUUAUGAAUUCAAUAAACACUCAACAUUUAUCAUUUAAUAAUCAACUUUAUUUUACAACAAA